GCGAGAGGAGCAUGGUAACUUCUCUUGCCAUCAGAGCGCUCACAUCAGUGGCAUGCUCCGGGAAGAGAUGCAGCUCGCGCUGCCCUCUGCACCAGCCUCAGCAUGGAUUGUCACUUCGCCAGCCUCCUCCUCCUCCUCCUCGGAUCUCCGUUCGGCUGCUUGGGAGAUCUGAGCCUUUACCCAGCCAACGAAGUUAAUCUGCUAGAUUCAAAAGCAAUUCAAGGAGAGCUUGGCUGGAUCUCCUACCCAUCACAUGGGUGGGAAGAAAUAAGUGGUGUUGACGAGAACUAUAUUCCAAUCAGAACUUACCAGGUCUGCAACGUUAUGGACCACAGUCAAAACAAUUGGUUAAGGACAAAUUGGAUACCACGCAAUUCAGCUCAGAAAAUCUAUGUGGAGCUCAAAUUUACUCUGAGGGAUUGUAACAGUAUCCCAUUAGUUCUGGGCACCUGUAAGGAAACUUUUAAUUUGUAUUAUAUGGAAUCUGAUGAUGACCAUUCUGUCAAGUUCAGAGAACACCAGUUUACAAAGAUUGAUACCAUUGCUGCCGAUGAGAGCUUCACUCAGAUGGAUCUUGGGGAUCGGAUUCUUAAGCUCAAUACAGAAGUUCGUGAAGUGGGACCUGUGAGCAGGAAAGGAUUUUACUUGGCUUUUCAAGAUGUGGGUGCAUGUGUUGCCUUAGUAUCGGUGCGAGUGUACUUCAAAAAAUGCCCUUUUACUGUAAAGAAUCUAGCCAUGUUUCCAGACACUGUACCUAUGGAUUCCCAGUCCCUGGUGGAAGUGCGAGGCUCUUGUGUUAAUCAUUCCAAAGAGGAAGACCCACCCAAAAUGUACUGCAGUACUGAAGGAGAAUGGCUAGUUCCCAUAGGGAAGUGCUUGUGUAAUGCCGGCUACGAAGAAAGAGGCUAUGCCUGCCAAGCUUGCCGACCAGGUUUUUAUAAAGCCUUUGCUGGCAAUGUUAAAUGUGCCAAAUGCCCACCUCAUAGUUCAACAAAUAUGGAAGGUUCUAUAAACUGCAAGUGUGAGAAGAACUACUUUCGCUCUGAACAGGAUGUUCCAUCUAUGGCUUGCACAAGACCACCUUCUGCUCCCAGAAAUGUUAUUUCUAAUAUUAAUGAAACAUCAGUCAUCCUAGACUGGAGCUGGCCUUUGGACACAGGAGGCAGAAAGGAUGUCACUUUCAACAUUGUAUGCAAGAAAUGUGGAGGAACCAGCAAGCUCUGUGAACCAUGUAGCACUAUAGUAAGAUUUCUUCCUCGUCAGAUGGGGCUCACUAACACCACUGUGACCGUAGUGGAUCUCCUGGCUCAUACAAAUUACACUUUUGAGAUAGACGCAGUUAAUGGAGUAUCUGAUUUGAGUACCUUGCCAAGACAAUUUGCUGCAGUUAGCAUUACAACCAAUCAAGCAGCUCCAUCGCCUAUUACAAUAAUCAGAAAAGACCGGACUUCUAGAAACAGUGUCUCUGUCUCUUGGCAAGAACCUGAACAUCCUAAUGGGAUCAUCUUGGAUUAUGAAGUCAAGUACUAUGAAAAGCAGGAACAAGAGACGAGCUAUACCAUUCUGAGAGCAAAAACUACGAAUGUUACUAUUAGUGGCCUUAAGCCAGACACCACUUAUGUUUUCCAAAUCAGAGCCCGAACUGCUGCAGGAUAUGGGACCAACAGCCGCAAGUUUGAGUUUGAAACCAGCCCAGACUCUUUCUCCAUCUCCAGUGAGAAUAGCCAGGUUGUAAUGAUUGCUGUUUCAGCUGCGGUAGCAAUUAUUCUGCUCACAAUUGUGGUUUACAUUUUGAUUGGGAGAUUCUGUGGACAUAAGUCAAAACAUGGCUCUGAUGAGAAAAGGCUAUAUUUUGGUAAUGGCCAUUUGAAGCUUCCAGGACUCAGAACAUAUGUGGAUCCACAUACAUACGAAGAUCCCAAUCUGGCUGUUCAUGAAUUUGCCAGGGAGCUAGAUGCUUCUAGCAUAGCUAUUGACAAAGUUGUUGGGGCAGGUGAGUUUGGAGAAGUAUGUAGUGGCCGCCUAAAGCUUCCUUCCAAAAAGGAAAUAUCAGUUGCAAUAAAAACCUUGAAGGUUGGUUAUACAGAGAAACAGAGAAGAGAUUUCCUUGGAGAAGCAAGCAUUAUGGGACAAUUUGAUCAUCCCAAUAUAAUCCGGUUAGAAGGCGUGGUCACCAAAAGUAAGCCAGUGAUGAUUGUUACUGAAUAUAUGGAAAAUGGUUCUUUAGAUAGCUUUCUCAGGAAACAUGAUGCUCAAUUCACAGUCAUUCAGCUGGUAGGAAUGCUUCGAGGAAUUGCAUCUGGCAUGAAGUAUCUGUCAGAUAUGGGUUAUGUCCAUCGUGACCUUGCUGCCCGCAACAUCCUCAUCAACAGUAACUUAGUAUGCAAAGUCUCAGAUUUUGGACUCUCCCGCAUAUUAGAAGAUGAUCCAGAAGCUGCCUAUACAACAAGGGGAGGCAAGAUUCCAAUCCGUUGGACAUCUCCAGAAGCUAUUGCUUACCGCAAAUUUACUUCAGCCAGUGAUGCAUGGAGUUAUGGUAUUGUUCUUUGGGAAGUAAUGUCCUAUGGAGAGAGACCAUAUUGGGAGAUGUCUAAUCAAGAUGUAAUUAAAGCAGUGGAGGAAGGAUACCGUUUGCCACCACCCAUGGACUGCCCAGCUGCCUUGUAUCAGAUGAUGCUGGACUGUUGGCAAAAAGACAGAAACAACAGACCAAAGUUUGAACAGAUUGUCAGCAUCUUGGACAAGCUGAUCCGUAAUCCCAGCAGUUUAAAAAUUAUCACCAACGCAGCUGCAAGGCCAUCAAAUAUCCUACUGGACCAAAGUAGCAUUGAAAUCUCACCCUUCCGCUCAACAGGUGACUGGCUCAAUGGUAUUCGGAUAGGGCAAUGCAAAGACAUAUUCACAGGAGUUGAAUACAGUUCGUGUGAUACAAUAGCCAAGAUUUCCUCAGAUGACAUGAAGAAAGUUGGUGUGACAAUUGUCGGGCCACAGAAAAAACUUAUUAGCAGUAUUAAAUCUCUGGAAUUGCAUACAAAGAAUGGCCCUGUUCCUGUAUAAACUACCAAAUGCUGGCACUCAGGACCCAUCUGCAGAAAGUGAGAAAAAUUACUGAAAAGGUCCUGGAAAUGCUUGGAAAAUUAUGAGACUUAAAAGGCACUGUUGCAACAAAAUGGGGCAAUUUGCAACAAAUGUGAAAUUUCAAGCCCACUAAGAGACUCAUAAAGUUGAGUUCAAUUGCCUUAAAAUAGGAAUGAAAAACUUAUUUUCUAUCUCUUAUUCUUGAAGGAGGGGUACUUCCCUAUAGUAAUAAUGAACUGCUCAAACAUAAAAUGCAUUUGGAAGAAAGAAAGUGUUUAAAAAAUAAUUUCCUUCCAUGUAACCUUAAGCCAUUCAAAUGUUAAUGGACUGAAUAUUAUAAAACGCAAAAGAAACCGUGGAUGUAAUGCUGUGGUUGGAAUGACUGUCAGCAGCAUUAAACAGUAUUUUUUUAAUAUGAGGAGAGGAUAGACAUCUACUAUUUUAUUUCUUUAAAAUAAUUCCUGUAAGCAUAUUUGAGGAUAAUACCUCAGACUUGUCUAGCCAUACCUGCAAUGAUAUCCUUGCAAUAUUCUGUUUUUGACUGUUGAUGGUAAACCUGAAUGACGAUUGGGUGAAAAUGAAGGCAAUACUUCACAGAUAUUUGUCCUGGGUGUGUUCUUUAAAAAGAAAACUUUUAUAUAUAUAUAAAAUGCAUAUUUAUUUCCUUUAAAAAUGUUCCUCUUGUUCAUAUUUAUAUAGCUUUUGACUGGGAUUAAUGACUGCCAAAUGCCAAAUUUCUUCAACCUUUGGCUGUCGACAAUAUUUGAGGGGAAAAACAAUCAGUAAAACUCCUGUGAUUUUAUUCCUAAUAAAAAGACCCCACUACAAAGGAGCUGAUGUGCAUACAAGAGUGCUACAAACAUAUACUACAUCCUAUACAAAUGUGGAGAAUUCAUGCACAACAUUUUCAAGGAACCAUAUAACGAUCUUAUUUCACAUGGGGAAUAUUCUUGGGGAACUAUUUAAUUGCAUGUACUUAAAUGUUGCAGUAUUCGGAUAGUUUUGGAGUGUAUCAGAUUUUUACUAACUGUUUGAUGGGUUACUUGGUAGUAGAAUCCUUUGCUUAUGUUGCCCUAGGAUUUAAAAAAAAAAAAAAACUCUUAGGUGCUUCCAGACAGGAUGUUCUUGUGUAGAAAGGGAUCCAAACAAUAUUGUCUUCCAUUUGUUAGCUUCCUGUAUUAAUCAGAACUUCUUCUAUCAUCUUCUUAGUUAAUGGGAUACACAAAUACACACACACACACACACAUACAUACA